GUGAAUACACUUCAAAAGAAAAUGUUACUUGUGAAAUGGCUGCAUCGUAACAUGUUAUUUGUGUGUUUGUUGUAACUGAAGGCAAUGGCUCCGCUGCCUGAGACUCAUCCCGCCUCGCCGCCGCCGGAACUCGAGCUCGCGCGCAAAGAUGGGACGGAUCCCGAGCCGCGGUCAGAAGAGUCAGAGCCGGAGGAGGAGCUGGACCCCUGGGACCUGCCGGAGCUCCGGGACACCGGGGUGAAGUGGUCAGAUCUCGACACGAAGGGGAAAGUUCUGCGCGUCCUCAAGUCCAUCGUGAAGUUCAUUCUCCUGCUGGGUUUGCUCUACGUGUUCGUCUGCUCUCUGGACAUCCUGAGCUCCGCUUUCCAGCUUGUAGGAGUGUUGGAGGUGAAAUCUGCAGUGCCAAUCAUUAUGGGUGCUAAUAUCGGCACUUCUGUGACAAACACCAUUGUGGCCGUGAUGCAGGCGGGAGACCGCAACGAGUUUCGCAGGGCAUUUGCUGGAGCUACGGUCCAUGACUUCUUUAACUGGCUGUCUGUCCUAGUGCUGUUGCCUCUGGAGGUGGCUUCAGGAUACCUCUACAGACUCACCAAACUUAUAAUUGAUUCCUUUAACAUCCAGACGGGUGCAGAUGCUCCAGACCUUUUAAAGGUCAUCACUGAACCCCUCACCAAGAACAUCAUUGAGCUGGACAUGUCUGUGAUCCGUGACAUCGCCACUGGAGACCCUGCUGCCCGAAACAAAAGUCUGGUUAAGAUCUGGUGUAAAACAGAAAAAAUCACGAACCUCGUGAAUAUAACAGUCCCUGGAUUCGCAAACUGCACGCCUGGCGCCCUCUGCUGGGAGGAGGACGGCCAGAUCUGGACUCAAGAGAACCAAACAGAAACAAACAACUUGGAAAAAUGUACUCACAUGUUUGUGUACGCUGAUCUGCCGGACCUGGCGGUGGGCUUGAUUUUGUUGGCUCUGUCGUUGCUGGCCCUCUGUACCUGCCUGAUUCUGAUCGUCAAGCUGCUGAACUCAAUGUUGAAGGGUCAGGUGGCGGUCAUCAUCAAAAAGGUGCUCAACACAGAUUUCCCUUUCCCUUUCGCCUGGGUCACUGGAUAUCUCGCCAUGCUUGUUGGAGCCGGAAUGACCUUCAUUGUUCAGAGCAGCUCUGUCUUCACCUCAGCCAUCACUCCACUAGUCGGUAUUGGUGUCAUUAGCCUUGAGAGGGCGUAUCCACUCACACUGGGCUCCAACAUUGGCACAACAACCACAGCUAUUCUAGCUGCCCUCGCCAGUCCUGGAGAGACACUGGCAAACUCUCUACAGGUUUCUCUCUGUCACUUCUUCUUCAACAUCAGUGGUAUCCUGCUCUGGUAUCCCAUCCCUUUCACACGCAUCCCCAUCCGAUUAGCCAAAGCUUUGGGCAACUGCACGGCCAAGUACCGCUGGUUUGCGGCACUGUAUCUCAUCCUGAUCUUCCUCCUCUUCCCACUGGCAGUCCUGGGCCUCUCCAUCGCGGGGUGGCAGGUCUUGGUGGGGGUCGGAGUGCCCGUGUUGGUCUUGGCGAUCUUUGUGAUCGUGGUAAACAUUAUGCAGAAACACUGCCCACGUUUCCUGCCAUCAUUCCUCCGCAGCUGGGAUUUCCUGCCCACACCGCUACACUCCCUCAAACCCUGGGACAGAGUGGUGACUGCCAGCAUGACCUUCUGCAGGACUCGCUGCUGCUGCUGCUGCUGCAAGUGCUGCAAAGAAAAAGAAAAGGAUGAAGAGAAGGAUGAUAUGAAAACCAAGGAUAAGAGUUUAGAGAUGUAUGACAACCCUGCGCUCACAAUAGAGGAUGAGGCCAAAGUAACAGCGACACAUUUAUAAUGCAUUAUAAUUUAUAACACAAUGUGUUUUUCUGGUAAUGCUCAAAAACAGCACAUUGGGUCCAUGUGCAACUUUGUUGUUGAUUAUUGCAACAUACUUAAUCACUACAUUUAAAUCUUUCCAAAAGAAUAGUUCAAUUAGGCUGCAUUUACACUGGGACAAAAAAAUCAGAUUUUUUUGCUCACAUCUGAA